AUGAGUCGAUCACUUCUACGCUCCGUCUUGGAGCUUCGGACACCCAUCACCCGCCUCCCGCCGACCUUCCUCCUCCCAACCCACGCCCGCCGGUACAACUCCACGGCGCCAAUCGUCGAGCCCGUUGCCCACAAAGCGCCCACAGUUACUCCGCUAGACACCCCAACGAAGCCCUCAAUAGCACAGCAAGCCCAGGCUGCUGCCGUAGACACUGCCGCAUCGGCCGCGACAGCCGCCCCGAUCCCCGAAUCUGUGCAGGCUGUCCUACCCUUCCUCGCCGCCCAGCCCAACCACUACAUCACCUUUCACAUCCACGGUCGUCCGUACCUCGUUCAGCCCGGCGACAGUAUUCGCCUGCCUUUCAAGAUGCCCGGCGUUGUGCCCGGCGACGUCCUCCGUCUGAACCGCGCCUCCGUCAUUGGCAGUAGGGACUACACUCUCAAGGGCGCACCCUUCAUUGACGAGCGCGUAUUCGAGUGCCGCGCCGUGGUAACGGGUACUGAGAGUGAGCCUAUGCGGCUCAAGACGAAGACGAAGAGGAGGCAGAGGAGGGUAAAGACGGUCAAGAGCAAGCACCGCCACACGAUGCUGACCGUUAGCGAGUUGAAGAUCAACCGGGUCGAGGAGAUUGAGGCCUGA